CUGGUGCACCUACCAGUAAUUGUUCCAUAUCAACUGUGGUAGUCAUAUGACACAUUCGUCAAGUCAAUAAUAGUUAUUGAACGGUAUCAGAAUAGAAAAAAAAACUUUGAUAGCUCAUCCAUUAUAUUUCAAGCUGUCAAACGCUAGCGAACUCCGUGUUGCAGUACAUCGGAAUCAUGUACAAACUUUUUCAAAAGUAUUUUCCAAUGUUGACGGUACUCUGUGUGGCCGCUGUAUUACUUUGCUUUGCACCGGCUAGUGGAUCCGCCGAGAAGGAGAUUCCGAUUACUAAAUUCAGUCAAAAUGUCGGUGGAUACGGAGUGACGAUGACUUUCCUGUACUGUUACUCGUGUGGUUAUCGCAAGGCGUUCGACGAAUACUACAACAUCAUCCAUGAAAAAUAUCCAGAAAUCACUAUUCGAGGUGGAAAUUAUGACCCACCAGGUUUUAACAUGUAUAUGUCGAAGAUCCUCUUGGUCACCAAAUUGCUGAUGAUCAUUGUCCUUAUGUCCAACUUCGAUGUGUUUGGAUACUUUCGACUCCAGCUACCGUCUUGGUGGCGUUGGUGCACGGAAAAUAAGCUGUAUGCCUGUAUGAUGAUAUUUUUCUUGGGGAAUAUGAUAGAAGCUCAGCUGAUAUCGUCCGGAGCAUUUGAGAUCUCACUAAAUGACGUUCCAGUGUGGUCGAAGCUAGAAACGGGACGAAUUCCGGCACCACAGGAGUUGUUCCAGAUUAUCGAUAGUCAUCUACAGUUCUCAGAAAAAAUUGAACAAAACCCGGAUUUCGUAAAAUAGUUUACUGAUUUCUUGAUGCUUCAUUAAAUCGAAUGCUUAGUUGCUCACGUAUUUUUAGUUUCAAAAUUUUUUAAAAAAAGGGACAGUUUUCUAUUAUUUUGUGAUGUGAGUAGACGUUUUCCAGUGUCAAAUAUAGCAGUCUUUUCUAGAUCUACCUUAUACUCAAAAAUUAAAAAAUCGAUGAAAUGGCUGCAACGAAAAAACCGAAUGUUUUGGCUCAUUUGUUGAGUUCCCAUUUGAGAGGAUCAAGUAUCAUCCUUGAAUGAAAUAGAAUAAAAUCUGCAAUCAAAUAUUUCACAAAAUCGAUUAAUCUAAAAAGUUGUAAACUGGGAACAUACUUAUGAAGAGCAGUUAGUAUGUGAAUAAAUUCCUAUUAGUUCGGUUUAUAUUGUUUAUGGAACUUGUAUUAUGUGUAUAUAUUACAGCUACAUACUAAGAAUGAGUCAUGUAUUAUGCAAAAA